AUGAAUGGGCCGCGUGCCUCUAAACGCGCAUUUCUUUGCGAACUGCGCUGUCUCCCGGCGGAUACGAAGGUCCGAUUUCUGGGUUGUGUGAGACAAUAUAAUGUUACCGAGGGUCAUCUUAUCCUCGAACACGAUUAUCUACGAGGCAAUGAAGAAGCCAACACAGUCUCGGUCGACAUCAAUGCUGUUCUUGAAGAUGUCACUUCGGAGGAGUUGCGUGUGGGCACCUGGUUGAAUGUGAUAGGAUAUGUCCGAGAUUGUCACUCGCCGUCUGUCUCUUUCUCCUCGAGCCAGCUUGAUGCGCUGUCACAACAUUCAAAUGAGUCUUCGUCCGCCAGGGUAUCAAGCACUGUCCUGUCGCGACCGGUGUACAUCGACGCGGUGUUAGUCUAUCCAGCGGGUGCCAUUGCUCUAGGAGAGUACGAGCGCAUCUUACGCAAUCUAUUGGACGUGGAGCGCCGUAUGCAUUUUGUUGGUUGA